AUGCUCUGUGAAUUCCGAUGUCUGCGUGACAGACUCGGGCUCUCGGUGGCACAAACCUCCUUGGCUCGCUUUCAGAAGUCGUCGUCCUGGACGAGAGCCGAAACACUGAUUCAGGGGGACACGCGUGGGCCCGGGGGACACGCUCACGCGUGCCUUCCUGCACGCGGACUGAAGCACCCGCCUGGCGGGUCUCACGCUCUGGCGGCCCACGCGUGGGGCCCGGCCGUGUCCAAGACACCCGCUUGGUGCGCCGCUCUGCGCGGGCCGCGGACGCUCCCUCGUGGCAGGCCGCUCCGACCGUUAGCUGGGCUGAGCGGGCGGAGCCGGGGGCGGUGCGGUUGCAGGAGGCGGGGACCCUCGCGUCGGGGCGGAGACGCUCCCUGCAGACACCCGAACCUACCCGGAACCCGGAACGGUCAGCCCGAGAGGCAGCCUCAGGCCGUCGCGCGCUCCCCGGGGCUCCGGCCCGGCGCGCCGCUCCGCCUGGCUCACAGCCGCCCGCCUCAGCGGCGGACGGCUUCUGGUCUCCAUGACAAUACGCAGCCGAAGCCACGCCCAGCCACGCCCCCUCAGCGCUGGGACUCCGAAGGAAGCGGCUGCAUCAUCCAGAGGUCUCCGGCUCAACCUAGAGACCUUCGGCUGGAGGGAGAAGCCGCUGUGGAGCAAGUGACGAACCACCUCCGAGGCCAGUUUUCCGGAGAAUAAGACGUCCGCCAACUUCGCUAUUUGCACUGGCGAGAAGGGCGCUGAGCGUUCACCCAAGCGCAGCCCGGUGUCUCUUUCUUUCCCUUUGUGUUUCCGAGCGGCCCGACACACGACAGAGGCCGGUCGUGCGUCGAGAUUGCCGCUCCGCCCAGAGUUAGCAGAGGAGAGCAAAGUUGGAAGCGAUCGGCGCGCUUGGGAUGUGAUUGUCAUCCUGGGGCCUGUUCUCCAGAGUCUGAGAAAGAGAGGAGAGGAAGAGUCAG